GCACUCAGUUUGGUUUUGUCCGUCGUCGUUGCGCGAUGUGUGUUUCUGUUGUGUCCAUGGAUGGGAAAUAACGGUCGGGCUAAAAAUUCUUCACCUAAAUUUAAUUUAUCGCGCCGAAAUUUCGCUCAUUCUAACGUUAAUUAUUGUAAUUACAAAAUCAUUUGAUAAACAAAAUAAAAGCUCAAAGGCAAAUAAAUGAAUAGGAAGUGAUAAUGAGAUUUUGUGAGAAGUCCUUAGGGAAUUACAUUUUAACCCAUGACACCAACAACGAGACCAGAUGAAUCAACAGGUGGCUUGUCUUUGUUUCUAAUUUGUGUGUUCCAAAGGCGGUGUGUAUGAUAAUAAAAGAAAAAAUAAGUUAAAACCAUAAAUGUUUAUUAAGUUCCAAAGAGAUGGCUGUCGGUACCACCUCUAGCUCUGUUUACUUUAAGUGAAAAUUUAAUAUAAAAGGAAUCGAAGGCAACAAAAGCAAUUUCCUCGAAUUCAUUCAAAAAUAUCUCUGGAAAUAAAAUUGAAGUGUUGAAUAUAGUUUUUAAUUAAAAGAGAGAGAGAGAGAAAAUAAAUUAUAAGUUUAUUUAUCAAGAAAAUGUAAACGAAAAGAAAAAGAGGUUCGUUGGAUCGUUCCCUUUUGUAUUUGUGUACCUUGUGUGGUUUAAAAGUGUGUUCCAUUCCCAUUCGGCUUGCCUAGCUUUUAGUUUGGCGAUCGGCGCUCAGAUCGGAUCCGCUCAGGUGCAGGUGUGUUGAAUGUUGACCAGGGAAAAAGGAAGGGGGCUCUUUGCACAAAUACCUACAAAUUCAUUGUUUUUCCUAUUCUCACGGCAAAGGUGUGACCCAGGUGUUUUAAAAGUGUUUGUGAGUUCAUGCUACAGCCGCAGUCGCCGGGUAAACGGGGUGAAAACGUGUUUUUACUCGUAGUCUAUCUAUGUUGUAUUUUUGAGUGUGAGAGCGAGAUAACAACAACAACACAAAACAACGCAUGAAGAUCGUUUAAAUUUGUAUUGUGCUAAAUAUGCUACGUCAUUAAAAGAAGCAAACAAAAAAGAAAAACAUAAAUAAAUAAAAUAAAUUAUUUAAAAUGUUACUAAAGUUAAAUUAGAUCUUUUUUUGUAAAUUUGUAAUUAAAAGAAAGUUAAUUUAAAUUUUCAUCCAUCUUCUUAAUAAUUCCGUUAAAUAAUAAAAACUUCAACACAAAAACUACAACAACCAACGAUGGAGGAACGAGAGAGGCGGCUGAGGCUGAGACUGAGGCUGCGACUGCGGCAUUCCUCUUCAAGUUUUCAAAGCAAAAGGAUAACAAAGGCGCAUUUGUGGAUUACCUGUUUUGUGAUCGUGCUCUUUGGAAAUAUUUAUCCAUGUAGUUGUACAGAUGGUCCACAAAUACAAGCGCCAAGAUUUACAACACAACCUUCAUCUUCUGGCUCUAUUGUGAGUGAAGGGAGGACGAAAAUUCUACAAUGCCAUGCGUUAGGAUAUCCACAGCCCAUGUACCGUUGGUUAAAGGAUGGUCUACCAGUUGGAGACUAUUCGUCGAGUCAAUACUACCGGAUACACAAUACCAGACGAGAGGAUGCAGGCAGCUAUCAAUGCAUUGCCAAGAACGAUGCUGGAUCUAUAUUUAGUGAAAAAAUUGAUGUCGUUGUUGCAUACAUGGGCAUCUUUGAGGACCAGCAAGAGGGUCGUCUGGCAGUGCACUCUGGCCAUCCGGCGGUUUUUGAUCUGCCACCAAUUGAAUCAGUGCCAACGCCGUCCGUAAUGUGGCAAACCGAAGAAGGACCACUCAAUUACGACAUAAAAUAUGCCUUCACCAAACCCAACCAACUGAUAAUUCUCAGUUCGGAUGAAUCCGAUCGCAAGGCAUACCGCGCCCGGGCCAUCAACACCCAACUGGGCAAAGAGGAGAACAGUGCCUUCAUUCAUUUGAAUGUCAGCGGCGAUCCCUACACCGAAGUAGCUCCCGAAAUAAUCGUUCAUCCGGAGGAUAUGAAACUGAAGCGUGGCGAACAAGUGGCUGAGCUGCAGUGCAUUGCGAAUGCGAGGCCAUUGCACGAGAUCGAAACACUGUGGUUGAAGGACGGCAUCUUGAUCGAGAACUCUGGAGUGCCGCAUACACUCAACGAUCCAUGGAAUCGAACGCUGGCACUGCUUUCGGCUAAUCUGACGCAUUCCGGCGAGUAUACGUGUCAAGUGCGGCUGCGAUCGGGAGGAUUUCCGACAGUGACAUCAACUGCAAAAGUUGAAGUUCAAGAACCGCCGACAUUUUUUACGCCGAUGCGAUCGGAGACGUAUGGAGAGUAUGGAGCUGUAGUGACGUUGCCAUGCGACGUUGUUGGUGAUCCUUCGCCAGCUGUUGUCUGGUACCGGAAUGCCAUUCCCAUUGAUACAGCUGAUGUCAGAUACACACUGAAGGAGGACAACUCGUUGGUAAUCAAAAAGCUGACAAUUGAUGAUUCGUCGAUGUUCCAGUGUCUGGCAUCAAAUGAAGCCGGUGAAAAGUCUUCAUACACUUGGUUGCGAGUAAAAAAAGCUCGUUCAUCUAAAAAGGAUGCUCUUGUCGUUGUUGGUGAAAAUGCUAUACAUAAUAUGAAUACUCUAAAAAAUGCUUAUGCCGAAACUAACACAAAAAAUAAUGUGCUUAUGAAGAAUCAGACUACUAACUUUUAUAGAGAAUUUUUGAAACGGGUUAAACGCUUAGCUCAACCGCGUAUUAUUCGUGUUAGAGCAUCUCAUACUGGAACAACUGGUAGACGCAAGGAUUUUCGCUUCGCCUCGACUCCGAUUAUGGAGCAACCACCACUAAAUGUGACCGCAUUGGAUGGCAAGGAUGCAACUAUUUCGUGCCGGGCUGUUGGUGCUCCAAAUCCAAAUAUCACAUGGGUGUACAACGAAACCCAACUAGUUGAAGUGUCGAGCCGGGUACAGAUCCUGGAGUCUGGGGACUUGCUGAUAUCAAAUAUUCGCGAAUCUGAUGCUGGACUUUAUACGUGUGUCCGUUCGAAUGAAGCUGGAACUGUUAACGGGGAAGCGUAUUUAGGAGUUCUGGUUCGAACCCAAAUAAUUCAGCCUCCAGUGGACACUACAGUACUUCUCGGUCUAACAGCUUCACUCCAAUGCAAGGUUUCAAGUGAUCCAACAGUUCCCUUCAACAUAGAUUGGUAUCGAGAAGGACAUCCGACACCAAUUAUCAAUUCCCAGCGAAUUGGUGUUCAAUCUGAUGGAACACUCGAACUGCAAGCAGUCCGUGCUUCAGAUGUUGGAACUUAUUCAUGUGUUGUCACCUCACCCGGUGGCAAUGAAACCCGAUCGGCUAGAUUGAGUGUCAUAGAGCUUCCAUUCCCACCGACCAAUGUUAAAGUCACCCGCUUAGACUCACCUAGCCAGCGAGCGAUAAAUGUAUCCUGGACACCAGGAUUCGAUGGAAAUAGUCCGGUGUUGAAAUUUAUCGUUCAGAAACGUGAAGUUUCAGAACUUGAACAAUUCGUAGGUCCAGUACCAGAUCCAUUGUUAAAUUGGAUAACAGAGCUUAGUAACGUUUCGGCCAAUCAACGUUGGAUUCUUUUGACAAAUUUAAAAGCUGCCACAGUUUAUCAAUUCCGUGUGAGUGCUGUCAAUCGAGUUGGUGAAGGUUCACCAUCAGAAGCAAGUAACGUCAUAGAGCUGCCACAAGAAGCAUUACCGCUUAACCGAGCGCCAUCUGGACCUCCAGUUGGAUUUGUUGGAUCGGCACGAUCGAUGUCGGAGAUUAUCACCCAAUGGCAGCCGCCAUUGGAAGAACAUCGAAAUGGGCAAAUUUUGGGCUAUAUUAUUCGAUAUCGACUCUUUGGAUACAACAAUAGCCCUUGGACGUAUCAAAAUAUCACAAACGAGGCUCAGAGGAAUUAUUUGAUUCAAGAAUUGAUAACUUGGAAGGAUUAUGUUGUUCAAAUAGCUGCCUAUAAUAAUAUGGGAGUGGGAGUGUACACGGAAGGGGCGAAAAUCAAGACUAAGGAGGGCGUUCCGGAAGCCCCGCCGACAAAUACGAAAGCCUCACCAUUGAAUUCGACAGCCAUCAAAGUCUCGUGGAAACCACCAAAUCCUCAACAAAUCAAUGGAAUAAAUCAAGGCUACAAAAUUCAAGCUUGGCAAUAUGAAAUAAUCGACGGAGAGGAGCAUGAGUCGGAGGCGAAGAUGAUGACAGUCCCACCAAGUUUACUAGACCCCUUGGCCGAACAAACAACUAUCAUGGGAGGCCUUGAGAAAUUCACAGCCUACAAUGUUACUGUUUUGUGUUUCACUGAUCCCGGUGAUGGUAUCCGCAGUGGAAUGGUUCCAGUGAAGACGUUGGAAGAUGUCCCAGACGAGGUAGCAUCCCUGCAUUUUGAUGAAAUAUCCGAUCGGGCAGUGAAAGUGAUUUGGGCGCCACCGAAAAAUGUUAAUGGCGUUUUGACGGGCUACACUGUGCGAUAUCAGGUCAAGGAUCGUUCGGAGACUUUAAAGUCCAUAAAUCUUACUGCGACUGAGACCAGCUUAAGGGUUACACAGCUUCAGGCAACAACCCAUUAUUGGUUCGAGAUCAAAGCCUGGACACAGGUUGGUGCUGGCCCGACAAAAACCGCCACCAUUCAGUCUGGUGUCGAACCAGUUCUUCCACAUGCCCCAACACAAUUGGCGUUGUCGAAUAUUGAGGCAUUUUCAGUGGUUCUUCAGUUUACCCCAGGUUUUGAUGGAAACUCGUCAAUUACCAAGUGGAGAGUUGAGGCGCAAACAGCCCGGAAUAACACCUGGUUCACGGUGUAUGAAGUGUCAGAUCCCGAUGCUUCCACAUUGACAGUGAUUGGUCUCAUGCCAUUCACUCAAUAUAAAUUAAGACUGAUUGCUACUAAUGUGGUGGGAGCAUCGGAACCAUCCGAGCCCACCAAAGACUUCCAAACCAUACAAGCCAGACCGAUGCAUCCUCCUUUUAAUGUGACGGUUCGAGCAAUGAGUGCAACGGAACUACGAGUUCGAUGGAUUCCCUUACAACAGACCGAAUGGUUUGGAAACCCAAGGGGUUAUAAUAUAACUUAUCGUCAAGUUGAUGCCACUGGCAUUGGCAAAACAACAGCUCUAAGCGUCUUGAUUGAGGAUCACACGGCAAACUCCCAUGUUCUGGAUACCCUUGAGGAAUGGACGGUCUAUGAGAUAGUGAUGAAUGCUUGUAAUGAUGUGGGAGCCUCGAAGGAUAGUAUCAAGGCAGUGGAGCGUACGCGUGAGGCUGUUCCAUCAUUUGGACCCUUAGAAGUGCAAGCUAAUGCAACAUCAUCGACCACCAUUGUUGUUAGAUGGGGAGAGGUACCAAAGGAGCACCGGAAUGGCCAAAUCGAAGGCUAUAAGGUGUAUUAUGCAGCCACCAAUCGUGGUGGUCAAGUUUUACAUAAGACUAUCUCUAACAACUCAUCUUUCACUACAACCCUCACUGAAUUGAAGAAGUAUGUCGUUUACCACAUCCAAGUUCUGGCUUUCACUCGACUUGGAGAUGGAGCUCUAAGCACUCCCCCGAUUCGUGUGCAGACCUUCGAGGAUACACCAGGUGCUCCAUCGAAUGUCUCAUUUCCCGAUGUGUCGUUUUCAACUGCAAGGAUUAUCUGGGACGUUCCUGAAGACCCAAAUGGAGAGAUUCUAGCUUACCAAGUCACAUACUCACUUAAUGGCAGUGUGAAUCUCAACUACAGUCGAGAAUUUCCUCCGUCAGAUCGGACUUUCCGCGCAACACAGCUGCUAGCUGAACGCUACUACAUUUUCAGCGUAACAGCUCAGACCAGGUUGGGAUGGGGAAAGACGGCUUCUGUUCUCGUUUACACAACAAACAACCGUGAACGGCCACAAGCACCAUCUUCACCUCAGAUAUCACGGAGUCAGAUUCAGGCUCAUCAGAUCACCUUCAGUUGGACACCAGGCCGUGAUGGUUUCGCACCUCUACGGUACUAUACUGUUCAGAUGCGUGAGAAUGAGGGACCGUGGACAUCACUCCCAGAGCGUGUUGAUCCAAGUCUAGCCUCCUACACUGCCACUUUUUUGAAACCCCACACGAUAUAUCAAUUUAGAAUCCAAGCAACAAACGAUCUUGGUCCGUCGACUUUCAGCCGAGAGAGCAUAACAGUUCGUACUCUUCCCGCAGCUCCAGCGAAAGGCGUGAGUAGACUUAAAGUCGUACCCAUAACUACCACCAGUGUCCGUGUCCAAUGGAAUGCCCUUGAGACAUCUCUCUGGAAUGGGGAUUCCGCUACCGGUGGCUAUCGGAUUCUCUUCCAGCAGCUAUCAGACUUUCCCGCCGCUCUACAAGCAACUCCUAAACAAGAUGUCAUGGGCAUCAAUCAAGCAUCGAUUGUACUGAGUGACUUGCAGCAAGAUCGAAACUACGAAAUCGUUGUGUUACCUUUCAAUUCUCAAGGAGUAGGUCCCGCAUCUCCCCCAGUAGCAGUGUACGUAGGUGAAGCAGUACCCACUGGUGAGCCAAGAGCUGUAGAUGCGGCUCCUCUAUCAAGCACUGAAGUGCGACUUCGAUGGAAACCACCAAAGCAGAGCAUGCAAAAUGGUGAUCUUUUGGGCUAUAAGAUCUUCUAUCUGGUGACAAGUUCCCCGCAGGAGCUUGAAGAAGGACGAAAGUAUGAAGAAGAAAUCGAAGUAGUAGCUGCUUCCGCAACCUCACACAGUCUUGUCUUCCUCGAUAAAUUCACCGAAUAUCGGAUUCAAAUUCUUGCCUUCAAUCCAGCUGGCGAUGGCCCACGAUCGACUCCCAUCACAGUGAAGACCUUACAGGGACUUCCCGGACCACCAGUUUCACUCCGGUUCGAAGAUAUAACCAUGCAAAGUUUGAAAGUUUCAUGGGAUCCUCCGAAAAUGCGUAACGGGGAAAUUCUCGGUUACCUUGUGACUUACGAGACCACCGAAGAGAAUGAAAAAUUCAGCAAACAAGUAAAACAAAAGGUCAAUGGAAAUAGUUUACAUGUUCAAAAUCUUGAAGAAGAAGUAACCUACACAUUUACGGUACGAGCUCAGACAAUAGACUAUGGACCAGCGGUGAGUGAAAAUGUUACUACCGGGCCACAAGAUGGAUCUCCAGUGGCUCCAAGAGAUUUAAUUCUAUCGAAAACUUUGGCCAAUGUUGAAAUGCAUUGGCUCAAUGGACCAUCCGGACGGGGACCCGUUCUUGGCUAUUACAUUGAAUGCAAGAAAAGAGAAAGAGGUGAACCAGCUUAUAUUUAUGACUCUAGAUGGGAAACAAUAGCACGUUCAACAACAGGUCCAAUGCAAGAUUUUACAGUUAGCUAUCAAAGUCUUCUACCAUCAACGGCUUAUACAUUCCGUGUUAUUGCCUACAAUCGCUAUGGCAUAUCCUUUCCAGUUUAUUCAAAAGACUCAAUAUUAACCCCAUCUAAAUUGCACCUGGAAUAUGGCUAUCUUCAGCACAAACCAUUCUAUCGGCAAACCUGGUUCAUGGUUGCAUUGGCAGCAACUUCAAUCAUCAUUAUCAUCAUGGUCAUAGCUGUGUUGUGUGUUAAAAGCAAAAGUUACAAAUACAAACAAGAAGCACAAAAAACCCUUGAAGAAUCAAUGGCUAUGUCUAUCGAUGAACGACAAGAGCUGGCACUUGAGCUCUAUCGUUCGAGACAUGGAGUUGGUACUGGUACAUUAAACAGUGCCGGCACUCUGGGUCGUGGAACUUUGGGAACAUUAGGAAGAAAAUCAAAUCACCGUCCGCCGCCGGCUUCGACUUUGGGCAAGAGCCCUCCCCGACCAUCGCCGGCCUCUGUGGCCUAUCAUAGCGAUGAAGAGAGCUUAAAAUGUUACGAUGAAAACCCCGAUGACAGUAGUGUUACGGAGAAACCAUCGGAAGUCAGCUCUUCAGAUUCACAGCAUUCUGAAAGUGAAAACGAGAGCGUACGGUCUGAUCCUCACUCAUUUGUGAAUCACUAUGCCAAUGUGAACGAUACACUGCGGCAAUCGUGGAAGAAACAAAAACCAGUGCGAAACUACUCCAGCUACACGGAUUCGGAGCCCGAAGGUAGUGCGGUCAUGAGCCUAAACGGUGGCCAGAUUAUUGUAAAUAACAUGGCCCGGUCCCGAGCUCCACUGCCAGGUUUCUCCUCAUUUGUUUGACAAUCAACGGAGUUUUAAGUUUUUAUCUAUGAUAAGUUUUAUAUAAUUUUUUUUUUAAAUCAAAACAUAAAAUUAAAAAUAACAAAAACAAAAAAAAACAAUUGUGCGACUAUUUAUAACUUUUACAUUUCGUGUAUGUAUGUAUGUUAUGUGCAUGGUGUUAAUGUUUAAGCAUAAUUUUCUUUAAUUAUUAAAUUAAUUUAUAUAUAUAGACACAUUUAUAAAUAAAUUCAAUUGCGAUAUUUUUUUAAGAAGCGAUUGUCCAUCUUUUUCUACUUGUGAUAAAAGAUUUAAAAAUAAAAUUAGAUUUUUUUAUUAUAUAUAAUAUUUUAAUAAAUUGUUUUAUGUUUAAGAAGCAUAAGUUUUAAAUUAAUACCUAAAUUUAAUUUUAUUUAAGUUCCGUCUCAAACUGAAAAUUAUAAAAGAAAAAAAUGUACGAAUUCAUAUCAUUAAUAUUUUAAGUUAGUAACAUUUUUUUCCACUAAGUAUCAUUUUGUGUUAAGUUUAAUAUUUGUUUUUUAACACAUUAAAAUUAAAAAGAAAAACUAAAUAUACUAUACAAACAAACAAAAAGUAUAAAUUAUAAUCUCAAAGUAAACAAAAAAAAUGAAUAAAACAAUCGGAUGUAAAUAUUAGAAAUAAGUUGAAGAGUACUGACGGAUAUGGAUGGUAUAAAGUUCAAAAACAAAAUUCAAUUUUUUAAAAUGUCAAUUAUAAAAAGUCAAUAUUUUAUAAUAAUAAUAGUCCUACUAUAUUUUUUUAUUGCUUUGUAAUAUGAGAUUAUAAAUGUCAAGUUAAGAUUAUACUUUAAAUACACAGUUGGAACUUUUUUGCAAAGAUAUCCUCUCAUCUCUAAUGACUGAACUACUUUAUCUCUUGCUUGAACGUUUACAGUCCUAAUUAUCAACACAAAGGGACAUUAGUAUUCUUCAAGUUUUGGAAAUUCCGUAAUGAACAAUUUUACAAUUUUGCUUAAUGAAAGGAUUUUGUGAUAACAUUUUUUUCGGAAUUUGUAAAAGUUUACGAUUGAGAUUACGGACUGAUUAUAAUGGAAAACUAGUUUUUGUUAACUUCAAUAAUAACGGUACUUUCUAUACAAUUCCUGCCAUACAACCGUUUUUUAUUUUAAAACUAUGACUUCUUCAAAAUAAAUUUUUUAAAAUACUUGAAAUAUUAUAAGAAGUUAAAAUGAUUUAAUGUAAAAUGUGUCCAAUUCAAACACGACGUUAAGACUUGAAGAACUUAAAGAUUAGCUUUUAACUUUGAAGAAUAGAAUAGAAAGAGUCACAGUUGUAAUACCGUGGCAUGGACUGUCAUGCCAGAGGUUUUGGGUUCGAUCCCUGCCUAUGCCAUCUAAAGUUUUUUUUUCACGGGUAUUUCCUCUUGCGAGGAAUUGACAAAUUCUCCAAGAGUUAUUCUUGUCAUGAAAAGUGCUUUCUUAAAUUAUCCGUUCGGAUUCGGCUUAAAAUUGUAGGUCACCUCAAUCCCUGACAACAUUACUCACACACAGGAAUGGUUAAGAGUUGUAAGUCACUAGGCCCUAUUUAUUUUAAUAAGAGUCGCAGAAUUGAAAGCAUCCUCACUAAAUUUCCACCAAAUUUUUUGAUUUAUGUAUGUAAUUUUAAGUCGUGGAGUUAUCGGCUCCAUCACUGGCUCUAUUGCCUUAGAGCACUGUAUAGACGCUUGAUUCCUCCAAAGAAAUAUGAAGAAAGUAGUUACAGUUAAUUUUUGUGGAUCGCACCACUAUAACAAGAAUUUUAUUCUUCAUAGCAAUCAAGGACGUAACUGAUUUUGCAUUAAGGAAAUUACCUACCAACUUUCUUUAUUUGAAAAAUAGGAACUUGGUUUGGCUGGUGGCCAAUACAUAGUUUGUGUUAAAGUAUUAAAAGGGUUAGAGAAUUGCAUCAAGAUUUCUAGUCUAACUAUAACGUGUCCGGACUUAAAGUACUUAAAGAGUAUUUGAAUAAUCAAGUGGUUUAAUUAAUAAAUUUGAAUUAGCUCUUCAUGUAACUAAAAAAGUGUUAUUUAAUAUUUUUUAACAAAUUAUCCAUUAAUUAAAUUGACUUUGAUCAUUGAUAUCAAAUGUUGUCUAUCAAAUUUAACUCAUUUAUGAAAAAUUGUACCCACUCAAUGAAACAAAAUGUAUGUUGGCAAAUUUUCUCUGGGGCUUUUCCAUAGAUUUAACCUGUAACCCCUUGAAACAAAUUUUGUGAAUAAAGAAUUCAGACCCCUAAAGCUUUUGAAUUUAAGUUUGGAAUUUAUCAAUACAAAGUAUUAACAUUAUUACUAUUGUCAAUUAUUUAUCAAUUGAUAAACAAUGACAUUUAAAUCAUUAUUUAUAAUAAUUUCUUUGGUAUUUUGAACUACAAUUUCAAUAAAGUGAAUAAAAUAUUACAAAGGAAUAAAAGUAUUUUAUGAAAAACAAUCUUAUAUCGAUUCUUGUAUCCGUCAGUACUUCAAAAAGAAACAAAUUAAUUAAACUCUUGCGUGUGAUUAUUCAUUUGUUCACAUCAUAAUUUUUCACAUAAACUAAACACUACUUAGAUAGAAUUUAUAAAAUAAAAAAAGGAAAUCAAAUUAUAAGGACAUGUUCAUAAGUAGUAGAAACCGUAGUUCUAAGCAGAAAACUAUUAGGCCAUAUAAUGCAAUCUUAAGUAAAAAUAUACCUACUUAUAACUACAUAAUAUAUAUUUAAAAUACACAGUACAUACUACAUACAUAAUAAUAUGUAGUUAAUUAUAUUGCUUAAUCUACAACAACAAAAAACGACUGAUUAUUGUUUAUGAUAAAAAAAAAGAUACAAAAAUUUAAAUUUGAAUAAUUUUGUAUAUCUUGACACCACGCCUUAAAAGCUAUUUAGUAUUUAUGUAAAUGUAUGUAGGAGUAUUCGAAUUUCCAAACUUUUUCUACAACAACUGUACUGUUUCUAUAAUUAUGACGUAUCAACAAUAUAAACAUUUUUUUCUAAAUCAAAAUUUGAUAAACUACAUCAUCAUCCUGUUGGAAAUUGAUUAUUAUAGAAGUAUUAAUAAAAUACCAGUUGCUCAAAACUAAUAAUUAAAAAAAACAUAAAUUAAUUGUAAAGAGAUUAAUGCAACUUUAUAAAACAGAAGAAAUAUAAAAAAUCAUAACAAAUGUUUGGAACAUUUUUCUGACAAAAUAGCAAUUAAUAAUUUAUAAGAAUUUAAUCUAUAAGUCUAACAUUUUAAAUUAGUCAUUAAGUUUGUGAGUAAGUAAUAAAUUAUAUUGUUAAUGCAAAAGAAAAACAAAAUGAAUAAGAGAUGCGUAAAAUAAACAAACAACAAAAACAUACAUAACUACUUAAUAAAAUGGCAUUUAAAUUUA